AUGGCUUUGAAAUUCAUCAAUGAGCAGCACCAUGCAUCAAACAACAAUAUGAGUGAUAUAAUAACCGGCACUUUUGAUGAGACAUUCAGUCACAACAUUUGCUGCCCAAAUCCAGCUCUUGACAAGGGACCCAAUCUCGAAAUGAUUUUGACAUGCCCACCAAAAGAUCAGAUCAGAUCAAUGAUCAUCAUGAAGGAACUAGUGUCACAAUUAAUGUCGGAUUUCAAUACUCUAUACAGCAAAGAAUGUGAAGAAUAUGAAAUGGAAUUGGACUGCGAAGACAUAUUUGAUAAGGAAAAGCAUGCAUGGCCAAUCACAAAAAAUGCAGACAUAAUAUCUCGAGGGGUUUCACUGCGAGGGAUUUUUGGAAGCAAGGCAAUGGAUGCUGCGGAACUUGAUGGACAGCCACCCUCACAUCCAAAGAAUCCACCUGCACCACCACAAAACGACGCUGAUAAUGACUGUGAGGUGUCCAAUGGGAAUAUAUCCGGUGCACCCAUUAUUUCACUUGCACCACAACAAUUCAAUACAAAUAUUGAUCCACGGUUGACCAGCGAUACUAAUGGCUAA